CGCCGCCGCCGCCGCUCAGGGGUCUCCCUAGGCAGAGAGGGCGACUGGAGCCGGAAGAAGCGGCGAUGGAGGUCCCGCAGCUCGACCUGCUGGAAUCCCCCGAGGGCUGCCCCUCUCCUCUGGAGCUCAAGUCCGCCCCCAGUAAGAAGAUGUGGGUCAAGCUCCGGGCGCUGCUGCGGUACAUGGUGAAACAGUUGGAGACGGGAGAAGUGAAUCUUGUGGAGCUGAAGAAGAACUUGGAAUAUACUGCUUCGUUGCUGGAAGCUGUCUACAUUGAUGAGACCAGGCAGAUCUUGGACACGGAAGAUGAACUCCAGGAGAUCAAGUCUGAUGCAGUUCCCUCCGAGGUGCGGGACUGGCUGGCCUCCACGUUCACGCAGCAGACCCGCGCCAAGGGACGUCGAUCCGAGGAGAAGCCCAAGUUCCGCAGCAUCGUGCAUGCUGUUCAAGCUGGCAUCUUUGUUGAGAGGAUGUUCCGUCGGACUUACACGGCGGUGGGGCCGAACUAUUCUCCCUCUGUCAUCAACUGCCUGAAGACUCUUGACCUUUGGUUUUUUGACGUCUUUGCGCUGAAUAAGGUGAGCGAGGACCAUGCCUUGCGCACGAUUGUCUUUGAACUGCUCACCCGCCACAACCUCAACAGCCGCUUCAAGAUCCCCACGGUGUACCUCAUGACCUUCCUUGAUGCGCUGGAGGCUGGUUACGGGAAAUACAAGAACCCGUAUCACAACCAGAUACACGCUGCUGACGUCACCCAGACUGUGCACUGCUUCCUGCUUCGCACGGGCAUGGUGCACUGGCUGACGGAGAUUGAGGUCCUGGCCAUUGUCUUUGCGGCAGCAAUCCAUGACUAUGAACACACAGGGACCACUAACAGCUUCCACAUCCAAACCAAGUCAGACACGGCCAUUUUGUACAAUGACCGCUCGGUGCUUGAGAACCACCACAUCAGUGCCGUCUUCCGCAUGAUGCAAGAGGAUGAGAUGAACAUCCUCGUCAACCUGACCAAGGACGAAUUCGUGGAACUCCGGUCACUUGUGAUUGAAAUGGUUCUGGCUACGGACAUGUCUUGUCACUUCCAGCAAGUCAAGUCCAUGAAAACCUCCCUGCAGCAGCUUGAGCGAAUUGACAAGUCAAAAGCACUCUCCUUGUUGCUGCAUGCAGCCGACAUCAGCCACCCCACCAAACAGUGGACGGUGCACUCCCGAUGGACCAAGGCCCUCAUGGAAGAAUUCUUCCGACAGGGGGACAAAGAGGCUGAGCUUGGUUUGCCUUUCUCCCCUUUGUGCGAUCGUACAUCCACGCUGGUGGCUCAGUCCCAGAUUGGCUUCAUUGAUUUCAUCGUGGAGCCCACUUUCCAAGUUCUGACGGACGUAGCUGAGAAGAUGGUCAUCCCCCUGGUGGAGGAGGGCUCCAAGAACAAAUCCUCCAGCCAGCAGAGCAGUUCCCAUUGGCGCCAGCCCUCUGUCGAUGAGCAUGCUGAACUGGGAGAAAUCAAUGCUGACAUCAACAGCUUCCGUUCCACCUGGACAAAAUACAUCCAAGAGAACAAACAGAAGUGGAAGGAGCGAGCUGCCAGUGGAAUUACAAACCAGACAUCCAUCGAUGAGCUCUCACCCUGCGAGGAGGAGGCGCGCACACCUGGAAACCAGCACAAUCAGAACGGCAACGUGGAAUAGCACUGUCCAGGGGGGAGCAAGGUCUCCGAUGCAGUUUACUCCAAAGUCUUCAAUACCAUCGACAAAGCACCAUUCGCACAGGGAGGGAGCCUCCCCAGGCUCGAGAAGGGUGUGACAUGAAUGUGACCAUCAAUACUACUAGUAAUAAUAUUAAUAAUGAUAAAUGCAACUGUUAA